AUGUCUUCCAAAACACCCGUCAAAAUCAUUCUCGGUACUCACCACAUCGGAGAUCGUACCAAGGAGCCUCUUGCUGCUUUCGACGAUCUCAAGGAUGUGCAGGCCCUUUUGGACGUUUUCUACAACCGCGGCUACAGACAUCUGGAUACAGGCCGUAACUACGGUGCUAGCGAAGUACGCCUUGGGCAAGUCGGCGCUGCUUCUCGGUUCAUCAUCGACUCGAAGGUUCUCGAUGGUCUGCCCGGAUCACAUGAGCCAGCCAAAAUCCAUGAGAGCAUAAAGCAGACACUUGAGAAUCUCAAGACUUCGGCCGUAGAAACCAUGUAUUUGCAUGUCCCUGAUCGCCAGACGCCAUUUGAAGAUACGGCGAAGGCGAUUAACGAGGAUUUUCUGCAAGGAAGGUUUAAGAAGUUCGGACUUUCUAACUAUACUCCUGCGGAAGUCAAGAGAUUCGUAGAUAUUUGCGAGCAGAAUGGCCCUGCGGCGGGUGGAUUCUUCUCGGAUCAUGUCGCCACCUCGAAGCGGUGGAGCGGUGAUAAUGACGUCGCUAGGAAGUACAGUGCUCUCUACGGCCAGCCUCCUGUCAGAGCAGCUGUUGACACACUGGAAAAAGCCGCCAAGAAGCACGGUAUUAGCGGACACGCCGCUGCCAUCAGAUGGACAGCGUUUCACAGUGCCCUAGAUGGAAAAUAUGGAGACGGCUUGACAUUCACAGUGUCUACUUUGGCGCAAGUUCAUGGAACUCUUGACGCACUGGAGGCUGGACCGCUGCCUGAUGAGGUCGCGGAUGCCAUUUCGGCCAUCUAUGCUACGUGCGAGGGCUCGGAACCACCUUUUCACCUGUAG